CUGAGCUCAGAAGCUGAACGUGCCCCAGAGAAGUCAACCAUCUUAGAUAGUAGAAUACUUCGUUCAUAGCAAGGAAAAGAAGCAACAAUCAAGAUGUGGAUGUUAUCGAUUGGUCUUGUGCUGUCUGUUACGAUGUCGUUCGAGCAAAGAUCACGUCUGCUGUAAAGUUCGAAAUACCCGACCUUCCCGAUACUCCGACACCAGUGGUCCAAAAACCCGACACCCGGGGCAACAACAAAACAAAGAAACCCAAAAAAGACGUUAGCCCUGAUCCACUGCGUCAAAUAGCACCAGAACCUCGUGUUCGCCGUUCUCUUGCCGCUCCAUCUGGUCUUGGUGGUGGUUUGCCUGGACGAGGGUAUUACCCGGUACCUCAGUACCAAGACGUUACUAUUAAACGUAUACUCAAGGGCGUUGGUCAAGUGGAAAAUACCGUGGGGAUGACAGUCCAGGGAAAAAACACUACAAAACAUACCCGAUAUGUUGGCCGGGUAUACAUCAGAAAUCCGGGAUUCCGACUAAUGCCUGGUAAAUGGUACCUACUAUCUGGAAUUAUCAUUCAGAAUAAACUAUGGGUAUCGUUUUGUGAUAUACACCAAGAAUGGCAGGCUCUUAACCUCGACCAGCUUCAUAAUCUCAGAAAAGACUUUAUCCAUGGUUGUAAGAAAUGCCGUAUACAAUAUUGCCAUCCGAGAGACCCGGGAUGCGAGAAACGUAACAAUAGGAUGGAUGUUUGCUCGUGGAGACCCGAUAGCUAUUUGCCUGCUGCAGACUGUAGUGUCAAGCACAGCUCAUGCCGGGCCAUUAAGGGUAAAUGUCAAUGGAAACACAGUCCAAGAUUUGCCAAGUGUAAGCAGAGUAAACAAAGCAAGCUUCCAUGAAACUAGUUGCUUAAGCACUAGUCAUUAGAAAGACUGUUUUAAAGACUCUUAUCAUAUAUAGRGAACUUUUUUUAUUGACUUCAAUACAUAUCUAAGGUAGAUUAAGUCAACUGUUUCGUACGUCAGAGAUUGCUUAUAUAUAUCCUUAUUCAUCUAUUAUGUACGUAGCUUUUUGGUUAAGUAUUUAUCAUUACAUUGUCGCGCUCUACAUAUGUUCUAUUCGGUCAAAGAACUGCAGUAAAAAAUAUCGAGAACACUUGUGACUUGAGAUACAAGGUAGAUUUAUGAGCGACAUGCCAAGGACACAUGUCAUCGACUCACUCUCGCAUUCAUAUGCAUAGGUAUAGCCUAUAGGUCGAAUGUCUUUUUGGUAAUUCAUAUAAAGUAAGUAAAGCUCUUCACUGACAGCCCGUGUUAGUAUACUAAAAAACGGGCUUGUUUUGUGCGUAGCAUAUCGGGCAGAGAGUCAGUUUUUUUAGAGGGAGUGUCCCCCAUUACUGACAUACUUAUAGUAACUAUGGUUUGCCAAAGUUAAAUUUCGGUCUUCCUCCUCCUGAAAAGGAUUCUAGUGUAGUUGAGAUCACAGUGAUCUUUCGAACGAAAAGGUUUUACAGACGAAUACACAGUAACACCAGCACAUAAGAACAGCCAUUCAAGCUGGCGCUCUUCAUUGUGAUUAUAGUUUUUACUUGCGGGUUUUUACUGUAAGUCGACUACAACCUUCCUGGUGUAGGUAAAAUAGCAAGAUAUAUAUAACGUACAUGACUUAUCAAUUUAAAAUAACAAAAAUCAAGUAAGAAAAUUCGAAAAUCGAAUAAAACUAGUGGAUGUAUAAAAUAUGAAACUCGAUUUGAAAAAAUAAAUGUAUACACAACACUAAUUAAUGCAAUUAAUAAAAUCCAUUUAUUCCAAAAAACUGAGUGAAAAUCUUG